AAAACCCGGAGCCGCGGCGUGCACUCAAGGAAAGUCCUCCUAGGGGCGAAGCUGGGCAGCUGGGCAUGCUCAGUAGCAGGGGGAGGCUUGGGUGGAGAGUAGAAAGCUUUGGCUCUAUCUCCCACCCUCUUCUCUCUGGCUCCCGCCCCUCUUGCCCCUGCCCAGCCGUAGUAGUUCCCCAGCGUGCGCCCAGGGAGACCGGGAACAUGGCGCUCGGAGCGCUGUAGCAGUCGAGAAGAAGAAAGGGAUGAACCACUGCGCUUCGUUGACAGCCAGCCACCAGAAAAUACUGCAGUGAAAUGUGUCUACACUUCGCCAAAAUGAACACUGAGGAAAAUGAAGAAAACUGAAGAAUUCCAAUCCAAAGUUACAGAAUUGAAAUAGUCACACUUCUCCGGAGUCUUUAAUUUCUCCACAGCCAUCAUAAAAAGGUUUUUGCAUCAUGUUUGGAAAGAAAAAGAAAAAGAUUGAAAUAUCUGGCCCAUCCAACUUUGAACACAGGGUGCACACUGGGUUUGAUCCACAAGAACAGAAAUUUACCGGCCUCCCCCAGCAGUGGCACAGCCUGUUAGCAGAUACAGCCAACAGGCCGAAGCCCAUGGUAGACCCUUCCUGCAUCACACCCAUCCAACUGGCCCCCAUGAAGACAAUCGUUAGAGGAAACAAAUCCUGCAAGGAAACCUCCAUCAACGGCCUGCUGGAGGAUUUCGACAACAUCUCGGUGACACGUUCCAACUCCCUGAGGAAAGAAAGCCCACCCACCCCGGACCAGGGAGCCUCCAGCCAUGGCCCCCGCCGUUCAGGAGAAAAUGGCUUCAUCACCUUCUCCCAGUAUUCCAGUGAGUCGGACACUACUACCGACUACAGCACGGACAAGUACAGAGACAAGGGCCUCUAUGGGGACGAUCUGGAUCCAUAUUAUAAAGGCAGCCACGGAGCCAAGCAAAAUGGGCACGUGAUGAAAACGAAGCGCGGCGAGGCCUUCUACUCCGAAAUGAAGCCUUUGAGAUCCACGGUUUGCAGAUUCCCUGGCGAUUACCACACACACUUAGACUCACUGAGCAAACCCAGUGAAUACGGGGACCUCAAGUGGGACUACCAGAGAGCCUCGAGUAGCUCCCCAUUAGACUACCGAGACCCGUUCCAACAAUUCACUCCUUCCAGAACUGCAGGGACCAGCAGGUGCUCCAAAGAGAGCCUGGCGUACAGCGAAAGUGAGUGGGGACCCAGCCUGGAUGACUAUGACAGGAGGCCCAAGUCAUCGUACCUGCACCAGACCAGCCCUCAGCCAGCCAUGCGGCAGAGGUCCCGAUCAGGCUCAGGACUCCAGGAGCCCAUGAUGCCCUUUGGAACAAGUGCAUUUAAGACCCACCCCCAAGGACACGCGUACAACUCAUACACCUACCCUCGCCUAUCUGAGCCCACAACGUGCAUUCCCAAGGUGGACUAUGACCGGGCACAGAUGGUUUUCAGCCCUCCACUGUCCGGGUCUGACACCUACCCCAGGGGCCCCACCAAGCUACCUCAAAGUCAAAGCAAAGCGGGCUACUCUCCAAGCAGCCACCAGUACCCAUCUGGGUACCACAAAGCCACUCUGUACCACCACCCCUCUCUGCAGACCAGUUCACAGUACAUCUCCACAGCUUCUUACCUGAGCUCUCUGAGUAUCUCAUCCAGUACCUACCCUCCACCCAGCUGGAGUUCCUCCUCAGACCAGCAGCCCUCCAGGGUGUCCCACGAACAGUUUCGGGCUGCCUUGCAACUGGUGGUCAGCCCAGGAGACCCCAGGGAAUACUUGGACAACUUCAUCAAAAUAGGGGAAGGGUCAACCGGUAUUGUGUGCAUCGCCACUGAGAAACACACAGGGAAGCAAGUGGCUGUGAAGAAAAUGGACCUCCGAAAGCAACAAAGACGAGAACUGCUUUUUAAUGAGGUUGUCAUAAUGCGGGAUUACCACCAUGACAAUGUGGUUGACAUGUACAACAGCUAUCUUGUCAGUGAUGAACUCUGGGUAGUCAUGGAAUUUUUAGAAGGCGGUGCCUUGACAGAUAUAGUUACUCAUACCAGAAUGAAUGAAGAACAGAUAGCUACCGUCUGUUUGUCGGUUCUGAGAGCCCUCUCCUACCUUCAUAACCAAGGAGUGAUCCACAGGGACAUCAAGAGUGACUCCAUUCUCCUGACCAGUGAUGGCCGGAUAAAGUUAUCUGACUUUGGUUUUUGUGCUCAAGUUUCCAAAGAAGUGCCAAAGAGGAAAUCACUGGUUGGCACUCCAUACUGGAUGGCACCUGAGGUGAUUUCUAGACUGCCUUAUGGGACAGAGGUGGAUAUCUGGUCACUUGGGAUCAUGGUGAUAGAAAUGAUUGAUGGGGAGCCUCCAUACUUCAACGAGCCCCCACUCCAGGCGAUGCAGAGGAUCCGGGACAGUUUACCUCCAAGAGUGAAAGACCUACACAAGGUUUCUUCAGUGCUGCGGGGCUUCCUAGACCUGAUGUUGGUGAGGGAGCCUUCUCAAAGAGCUACAGCCCAGGAACUCCUUGGACAUCCAUUCUUGAAACUGGCAGGCCCACCAUCUUGCAUCGUUCCCCUCAUGAGGCAAUAUAGGCAUCACUGAGCAGAGAAUUCAUGCAGAUGGAAAGGUUAGAUAAGGACAUGAGACUAAUUCAGGAGAACAUUAGGAACUCAUGGAUCAGUGCACGCAGGAGGCCUGUGCAUUCUAGACCAGCUGAUUGGUGGGACAGUGCGAUGACCGGCAGGGUUUGACAGACCAGGGCAUCUUCUUGUGUCUUAAAUAGGCAUCUCUCCACUGAAACUGGCGAGGUCAUUCGAAGCACGGCUUUUCUAAGUCAUUACAUUUUUCAAUCCUUCAUACAGCAAAUCAGAAGGACUCAGUACAAACUCCAUUAUAAUAUAUCCUAGCCACAUGCAGGGUAAUGCGUAAGAUUUUCUAUUUCAAAUGAAUACUUUUCUGGCAAAAAAAAAAAGAAGAAAGAAAGGAAACUAAAAAGCACUUUUUUCUUAAUGGUAGCAGUGUAAUGUAUUUUGCAAUGAAUUUGUAAUUUUUCUGUACGAUAGUUUUGAUAAUUUAUAGUACUUUGAUGUCACGUAGCUAUUGUAUCAGUUGAAGUAAAACUUGUUUCAUAGCAGGAGUUUGAACAAAGCCUUUCCUACUUUUUUAAUCCCUUUCAGAGAACCAAGGAUUCUUUAGAACUUUGAAUACUGAAUGAAUCUCUCAAUCACCGUCAGCUUUAGUAGCCUCUUUCUGAGUUUAACAAGUGUCUUAUAUGAUGGAAGAAGAAUUAAGAGUGAUGGUGAUGGUGGUGCACAUUUCAUUUAUCCAACCAAAAACUAAUCUAAUAAAAUUUACACCACACUAUACCACCAAACUACUCCUUGGAAUCAAGCUAAGUAAUUUGAAAAAAAAAAAAAAAAAAAUUGUCUUUUUCUUCAAGGUUAUUGACAGCAAACCAUUUGUUGCAUAGCAGGAUGCUCCCCCUAGUGCCCUUUUUCAAAUGGGUAUAGUGUUCCCUUGUGGCCAAAUUCCCUUUUCAAGGAGCGAUUUAAGUGCUAGGAUCAUUGGACUUAGUUCCCCAAAUUGAAUGUUUCAAAGAAGCCGUGAAAAUCCCAGACUCGUAAAAGGAAAGGAGGGAGAAUGGGGCAAGAUGUUUGGUUUCGUUUGUUGCUGUUUUAAAACUGUAUGCUAGCACACCAAACUCUUGUCUGUAUUUAGCUUUGUACCACAGUAUUAAUCGCUAUUGUUCAUGUAUUGUGCUGGAAGUCUGAACUGACACUAGAGAAUGAUUUACCAAGAGGGUAUUUUACCAGGUAUGAUCUGACUUCAGUUGUGACCAUGUUUAAUGUGUUUCUGACAUAGGAGCGUUGUGCUGCUGUCUAGAUCUUCUUGAAUGUUGAUAAAAAUGAAUGACUACUACAAUACAUUUUGUGUUGCUUGUUGGAUGAAUUUGCAUGUUAACUGUAGGCCAGUAUAGAUUUGCCUUUAAAACUCUGGAAGAACUACAUAGUCAUCAUUAGGUUCUAUUAAUUAUGCAUCAAACAAAAGCCAUUUUUACCAAACUGGAAAACUAGAGGCUUCUCUUAAUGACUUGACAUACUGUUAAAAAUACAAAUUUAAAUUUGUGAACAUGCUCUGGUUGCUCUAAGCAUAAUUAAGAAUUUUUGUAAUUAAUAGGUUGCUAAUUAUUUAUUAUAGUUAAAAAGGGGAGAAAAAGGCAGAAAAUGACCUUCUACUGAUUAGAUUUUCAGUUUUUCCCCCAAACUGGAAAUGCCUCACCAUAAAUAGGAUCUAUAAUUUUGUUUCUUAAAAUUCAGCAGAUCAAGGUUUUAUGUAAAAUAUUAAAAAAUGGGUAUAGAAAUGUAAUCAGAACAAUCUAAAGACAGAAAAUUGCAGUUCUAAAAGUUCAUGAAACAGAUGAAAAUAAUUAAAACAGGACUAUGUAGAAGACGAAAGAAAAGGAAAAUUUUUUAACUGGGACAAAUAUCAAUAACUGUUGUAGAAAAUGGUGGAUUUUGGAUUCCAAACAUUUUUGACAGUGUACUGGAAAUUUUUCUGUAAUUUUCUUAUCACUGGGUAUUUUUUAAGGUAUUCACUGAGUUUAACAAAACUUACUGUAGCUUACAAAGAUUUGUGAGCACUACCUAUUGGCAGAAAAUGCACUUGCAAAUAAAAAUAAAUGUUUGCCUUUUC